CAUUAUUCAUUUGCAAGUAUCUUUGUCAACAUGAUUAGGGAAACUGUUAGAUCAUGGGGACUCUCCCCGCUGCUGAAUGCAGGUGUCAAUCUACAGACAUUGUUUUGGAGCGUUGCCAUUCUUAUCUUCAUCGUCCAUUAUCUGCUCCCUGGCCUGGGCGAGUUAAGAUGGACUAUCAAAGCUCAAAGUUUGGGAAAACUGGUACCACGAGAACGAAAGCCCUGGUUCCCUUUCAAUAUCCUAAGGAUUCGCAGGGUCAUAAAGAUGUUUCGCGAGCAAAAGCGGAUGGAGUUCAUGCGUGAACAGAUCAAAGCAAGUGCGAAUCCGAACAAUCCGAAUACCAUCCGAGUCUCUAUGCUCACCCGUCGUAUCAUCUUGACCACUGACCCUGAAAAUAUCAAAGCCGUCCUUGCAACUCAGUUCACUGAUUAUGGCAAGGGAGAGAAGUUUAAUAAAGAAUGGCAUGACUUCUUAGGUGAUAGCAUCUUCACCACUGAUGGGGAUUUGUGGCAUAACUCCCGGAAUCUUCUACGGCCGCAAUUUAUCAAAGACCGAGUCAGUGACCUGGAAAUCUUCGAAACGCACGCAAUGUCACUCAUCCAGAUCCUCUCGAACACAAAGGGAGAACCUGUAGACAUUUCCGAACUAUUCUUUGCCUUCGCUCUUGAUGCCGCCACUGACUUUCUGCUCGGAAAGUCGUCCCAUAGUCUCCAGAACCAACAGGACGAAUUCGCAAAGGCUUUCAAGGUGGUCCAAACUAGGCAGUUGAUGAACUCGAUCCUAGGUCCGCUCAAACUUUUGGUAUUGAGAGAUCAAAUAAUGGCUGUAUUGCUUGCGGGGAGAGACACUACGGCUUGCACUUUAUCGUGGUUGUUCUACGAGCUUUCAAUCCAUCCGCACGUUGUUGCAAAGCUUCGUCAAGAGAUUGAGACUACUGUUGAUUUGGAGCGGGCUCCUACAUAUGCUGACUUCAAGAAUAUGAGAUAUCUGCAGUCAACCCUCAAUGAGACCCUUCGCAUGUAUCCAGCGGCCCCGUUUAACGUGCGAGUAGCGUUGAAAGACACUACGCUUCCCCAUGGAGGCGGUUCUGAUGGAAAUCAGCCAAUUGGCAUCCCCCGGGGAACUGAAAUAUCAUAUGCUCCUUUGAUAAUGCAACGGCGGGCAGAUCUCUAUCCUUCCGACCAACUUCCAGCAGAGGAAUUCUCUCCUGAGAGGUGGGAACACUGGUUUCCGAAGAGUUGGACGUAUAUUCCUUUCAAUGGAGGUCCAAGGAUAUGUCUUGGUCAACAGUUUGCAUUGACGGAGAUGGGAUACACCGUCGUGAGGAUCUUGCAGCGGUUCUCAACGGUGGAAUGUAGGCAACCAGACAACAAGGCUCCGGCCAUGGUGACUGAUAUUGUCGUUUCUCCACAUCAUGGGGUGACGAUUAGCUUGUUUGAGUAG